AUGGCUAAUGUGGUUCCACUUUUCAGGAAGGACGGUAGAGAUGAACCAGAAAAUUACAGACCGGUGAGCCUCAUACCAGAGGCAGAGAAACUGUUAGACAAAAUUCUGAAGGAGAAAAUUAUUAUCCAUUUGGAAAGGGCCUCUUCCUGGGAGACUGUAGUGUUUGUUAUUUCCUGUGUUUCUACUUCUGGCUCUGGGUUUUCAGUGCAGCCACUCUUCAAAUACGGGGCAUUGGUUUUCGCUCGUCAGCACUUUUACAGGAUGGCUGCAAUGCGCCAGUAUUUUUGGCUGUGGCUGGGCCUUAGUAUAAUCAUUCUCAACGCUUUUGUUAUCCUCAUAUUCUACCUGAUCUGCAGGAGACUAGGUAGCUACCAAAGUGAAAUGAGAAUUAAAAAAUUCUUCAGUCCAAGUUCCCAGACAUACAUUUCACAGGUGGACACUUCCCGACGCCGCACAGAGGAUAAUGCCUAUCAGCUCAAUAACACAGAAGAAUCAGCCCAGCUCAAUAACACAGACAAUACAGUCAACAAGUCAUCCAGCAUGGACAAUAUAUCACAUAGCUAUGAGGAUCCAGUUGAUUUUGAGAAGAUUUCGAAUCAUGGAUACAUUGAUGUUCAUCCAGAUGAAGAUGAAAGCUAUGAUGAUGUAAUUGCCCCAGGAUGGGUUGAUGAAGACUAUGAUGAUGUAGCAUAGAACAUAGAACAGUAGGGUACCAUGACCUCACUGACAAUGAUGCCAUUCUAAACCAAUCCCAUUUGCCUAUACAUGGUCUGUGUCACGCUAUUGGCUGCCUGUUCAUGUGUCCAUCUAAAAUGUCUCUUACACAUUGUUAUCAUAUCCGCUUCUACCACUUUCCCUGGCAGCAUAUUCCAGGAACAUGCCACCUUCUUUGUCAAAAUCUUGACUUACGUAUCUCUUUUAAACUUGCCUCUUCUCACCUUAAACCCAUAUUCUCUAAUAUUUGAUAUUUCCACCCUGGAAACAAGACUGACUAUCCAUCCUAUCCAUGCCUCUCAUUAUUUUAUAUGUUUCUCUCAGAUUAUGCCUUAGCUUCCGUAAAACUCUAGCAAAAACAAUCAAGUCUGUCCAACCUCUCCUUAUAGCUAAUACACUCCAAUCCAAGCAACAUCCUGAUAAACCUGUUUGCAUCUUUUCCAAAGCCUCCACACUCUUCCUAUAGUGUGGUGACCAGAACUGCACAGAGUACUCCAAAUGUAUCCUAGGUAAAGUCUUAUACAGCUGAAAUAUGAAUUGCCAAUGCUUAUACUCAGUGCCCCAACCGAUGAACGCAAUCUUGCCAUGUGCUUUUUUAACCACCUUAUCCACUUUCAUUGCAGCUAUCGACUUGCACCUCAAGAUCCCUCCAUUUAUCAUUGCUCUUAAGCAUUCUGCCAUUUAUCGUAUACUUUACUUUCACAUUUGAUCUCCUGAAAUACAUCACCUCACACCUGCCUGGAUUAAACUCAAUCUGCCAUUUUUCCGUCCAACUUUUCCAAUUGAUCUAUGUCCCGUUGCAUCCCCUCAGGCCCUGAGAACUUAGCUACCUUAAUGUUUUUCAGGACAACCAAUGCCUCCACCUUCUUAAUAUCAAUACGGCCUAGAAUAUCAACAUAACCCUCCCUAAUCUUACUGUCCUUCUCCUUAGUGAAUGCCGAUGCAAAGUACUCAUUAAGGAUCUCCCCACUUCCUUUGACUCCAUGCAUAAAAUUGCCUGCUUUGUCCAUGAGUGGACCUACCCUUUUCCUAGCUACCCUCUAGUCCUAAUAUAUAUAUAAAAUACUUUGAGAUUCUCCUUAAUUCUACUUGCCAAGGAUAUUUCAUGACCUUUUUUAGCCCUCCUAAUUCUUUGUUUAAGUCCUUCCUGUUUCCUUUAUAUUAAUGAAAGGGGUUUUCUAAUUGCAAUUUCCUAAACCCUUUGACUGAACUACCAAUAUUUUUUGCCAUUCACAGUUCCUGAAUCUAGCUAUUGUUUUCUUUCCUCUUCACAGGAACACAUUGGUCCUGAAGCUUGAUCAACUGGUCCUUAAAAAAUCCUGCAUAUCAUAUUCAGUUUAGCCUCAAACAACCACCCCUCAAACUAAUUUCUCUAGUUCUUGCCUAACACUGUGCAAUUAGCCUUCCCCCAAUUUAGCAUUUUCACCCAAGGACCUUAUCUUACCUUAUCCAUGACUGUCUUAAAAUUUAUGGAAUUAUGAUCUCUGUUCCUAAAAAGCUUCUCUGCUGAAACCUGGCCAGGCUUAUUCCCCAGUACAAGGGUCCCUUCCCUAGUUGGAUUAUUACCAUAUUGUUUCAAGCGCCCCUUCUGGAUGCAUCUGACACUAAGGGAGUCCUGGUCUGUCUGGCAGAUCAGUAUUGGCCCAUCAGUUCCAGCAUUAGCUCUCGGAAGGGGCUAUGUAAUUAGUUUCCCUUCCCUGAGGACCUCAAAUUGUGCACCACAUAUAGUGCAGCCAAAGCCUAACAAGUGACUUGUAAUUCAGCAUAAAUCUCCUUCAUUUAGAAUUUAUGUGUCUAUCUCUAAAGCUGAGGAUCUCAAAAGCACUCAUCAACUGAACCUUGUAUUUGUAAUGUCACUUUCAAAGAUUUUAAAUUUUAAGGCAAGUAUGCGGACAGUUCACUCUUCUAUUGUGGCAUGUAAUAAAAGAAGUUUUAGCAUUUUCUGUAUCGCUAAUUCUGUCCUCUCUAUAGUCAUUGUCAGAACAGCAUAGUAUUUACAUUUAGUGAAAGUUAUAGGGAUUAAAAUGCAUUCUACACAACGUCAUGGAGUUGCUACUGCAUUAAAGCUUUGAGAUUCAGUUUAUGGAUGGGAAUGAAUAUGUUUUGAAGGCUCUGUUUGACUCUGGGUGUUGGGGACAGUGUCAGGAAGGUUAGUGGAGCAUGGAUCAUGGACCACACUGCAUCAAUAGAGCAAGAACUGCCAGAAGGGACUGAGUGUGUCUGCUGAAGAAUUGCAUUGUUAUCAUUCUGACAGGAGAUCAUUUUGCACUCGGGGUGAACAUAGAACAGUACAGCACAGUACAGGCCCGUCGGCCUACCAUAUUGUAUGAACAGUGAAGGUGUGAACAGUGACGGAGAUCAAAUGGGUAUGCAAUGAAAGCCUUCUCUUCAUCACUAAAUGUACCUCUCAAUUCUACAUUGGCCAGUGAGAUGUCAUUUACCUUCCGCUGUUUAAUGUAGAGAUGCCAGUGUUGGACUGGGGUGGACAAAGUCAGAAGUCACAUGAUACCAGUUUACAGUCCAACAGGUUUAUUUGAAAUCACAAGCUUUCAGAGAACUGCUCCUUUGCCAGAUGAAGUCACUUCUAACUUCUAACAUAUCUGUUUGAGCAGUGACAUGAGUUUGGUACAAUUUCAAUUCUAAUCUGUGCCAACAAGAAUGACCAAGACUGUGUCUUGGGGAAUACCAAUUAGAAUAGCUGGUAUAAGGAAGCCAAGUGGGUGGUUAGGGCAAAGUAUGGAACUUUGAUUGAGCUGCAAGUAAAGCAGGUCAUUGGAGUAACUGUGGAGGGAAUGUGGUCCUCUACACGUGUGGGAGAGCUUAACUGCAAGUCUUACACAUCUUUCUUCAGAAGCAAGAGGAAUCCACCAUAGUUUUUGGAGAGUAACGAUGUGCAUAAACAAUAAUUGGGAGAAUGACACCUGACCACUAAGCUUCUCCAAGAGAUAUGAUUGAAAAAUCACCUGACUUAAAGACUUCAGAGGCAGUUGAGCACACACUUGAAUCUGUUUCUGCAGCUUAUUCAUUUGGAACAGGUUGUUAACCUGUUGUCAGGGGAUCCAGCUCCCUUAAUGCGAAGAAAUAAAAACCUGAAAGAACUGAAGGGUCACUUGACCUGAAGCAUUAACGUUGAUUUCUCUGCCAGAUGCUGCCAGACUCGCUGAGGCUUUCUAGAAAUUUCUGUUUUUGGCUCUUUACAUGAUACAGGGCUGACCAGAAGACUUUUUGAUUCGUCUUACCUGCCGGUUGUUUGCCUGAACAAUUUAAAAGUUAAUAUUCAAACUAUUUGCCAUUUUGAAUGGAUCACCCUUGGUCAUCAGGCCCUGGGGUAGAACGUGAGCCAGGACCUUCUG